UGUUCUCAAUAAUGUGCUUGUUCUUAUCCCACGAACAGAGCCAAGUGACGAUGCUCGCUGAGACCGGGAAUCUUGAUGGAGUCAACAGCUUCUCCUCCGCUCAAGCUCUUCCUCUUGCUCUCCUGCAUCGCUUUCAUUCCCGCCGCAUCGUCGUCACCCCGACCCAUUUCGAGUCCGACCGCACAGCUCCUCCCGAAAGAGUCGCUGCCCACGAAAUCGGGCUAUCUCCCGGUGAGCCCCACCUCUGGUUCGGCCAUUUUCUACGCUUUCUAUGAAGCCCAGCGACCCACCACGCCCCGCUCGCAGACCCCGCUCCUGAUUUGGCUCCAGGGCGGUCCCGGUUGCUCCUCCAUGAUCGGCAACUUCUACGAGCUCGGACCUUGGCGCGUCAGCUCUGUUGCGCAUAACGCCGAACACCUGGUGGUCGAGCCGAAUCCUGGCUCUUGGAACCGCUUGUUCGGCCUCCUCUUCCUCGAUAACCCCAUCGGCGUCGGGUUCAGCGUCGCGGCCUCUCCCGAGGAGAUCCCGAGGGACCAGUUUACCGUCGCGAAGCAUCUCUUCGCGGCGAUAACCGCGUUUGUUAAGCUCGACGCUGCUUUCAAGUCCCGUCCCAUUUAUGUCACCGGCGAGAGUUACGCGGGGAAGUAUGUCCCCGCGAUUGGGUACUACACGUUGAAGUGGAAUGCAGAGUUGCCGCCGUCGCAGCGCCUGAAUCUAGCGGGGGUCGCCAUAGGCAAUGGCUUGACGGAUCCGGCGACCCAAGUGGCGACUCACGCCGCGAACGCCUACUUCUCCGGCUUUAUCAACGAGAGGCAAAAAUCCGAGCUUGAGACAGCCCAGUGGGAAGCUGUCAAGCUCACCAAAAUGGAGAGCUGGAGUCAAGCAACGGAUGCCCGAACUGGGGUGCUGAGAUUGCUGCAGAACAUGACGGGACUGGCCACUUUGUACGACUUCACGAGGAAAGUGCCGUACAACACCCAGUGGGUGACUCAGAUCUUGCAGAAGCAGGAGGUGAAGAGGGCGCUGGAGGCCAACGAGUCCAUAGUGUUCGACGAGUGCAGCGACGUGGUGGGGGCUGCGCUGAGCGAGGAUGUGAUGAAGAGCGUGAAGUACAUGGUGGAGCACCUGGUGAAGAACAGCAAGGUCCUGCUGUACCAAGGUCACUCCGACCUGAGAGACGGCGUGGUCUCGACCGAGGCUUGGGUGAAGACGAUGGAGUGGGAAGGGAUCGACGAGUUCUUGUCGGCGGAGAGGAAGGUUUGGAGGGUGAACGGGGUGCUUGCUGGGUAUGUGCAGAAGUGGGGGAGCUUGAGCCAUGUCGUGGUUCUGGGUGCUGGGCAUCUGGUGCCCACCGACCAGCCGAUGAGCUCGCAAGCCAUGAUCGAGGACUGGGUUCUGGAGAAGGGCCUGCUCGCCGAUUCCAAGGACGAGCGCUUCGCAAUAGGGGAUCGCUUGGAAAUCUGAUUAAAGCCUUAGUCAUCCUUGUCGUUGUUGUGCCUAGAGGAUGGGCAGGAUGUUGGAGUCGAAGAAGAUUGGAUUUGCCAUGUCGAAUAAAUUUCCACUGGUUAACUUA